AUCUAUAUUUGCUUAUAUAUUAUUUUUAUAUUUCGUUUUAAACGUGUGUGUGUGCGUGUGUGUGUGUGUGUGUGUCUCGUGAGUCUCGUGAGUACAUGUCCGUUCUUGUGCGAUAUACUGACCUACUGCGCAUGCUCGCCGAACUCCCGGAAGUUUUGGACUGUACUGGCUGCGUGGAGACGGAGGAGUAAGCUCCAUGACCCGCUUUGACCUGGUGCCGGUGGACGGAGGAGAACCGGUCCACGUGCCGCCCGGGGAGACGGUUCUGGGCCGGGGUCCGUUCCUCCGAGUUGGUGAUCGCAGAGUGUCCAGACAGCACGGACUCCUGGAGAACGUGGACGGACGGCUGCGUCUCAAGCCGACUCAUCUUAACCCCUGUUUCAUCCAGACGUCUCUGGCCGAUGACCCCCGCCCCCUGGAGAAGGGCCAGUGGCACCUUCUCCACCAUGGGGACCUCUUCUCUCUGCUGCCGGGACAGCUCAUCUUCCAGGUGGAGGUUGUGGACGAGGACCCUGCCACCCCCAGAAACAGCCAGGUAUUUGAGGAGCAGGAGGAAGGAAGAGCACCUCCUGCUGGCGGUGGAGAGCAGGAGCAGAUUCCUCCAGCCGCAGGCACCCAUCAGCCGGUGCCCGAUACUCCAAGCAUCUGUCCAAAACAGCAGGGAGAGUCGUCUGAAAAGGCAGUACAGGAGGAGGAGAAGAAGGAGGUGAUUGUUGCUCCGGCUGAACCCAGAAAGAGAGUUUUACCAGACUGGAUGAUGGCAGCUGCGACCGGAAUUUCAAAGAAGCCUGCGAUGACUCCGAAAGUUCAGAAACAGAAAGCCACCACAUCUUCAGCCAGCAGGAAGCCAGCACGGGCUGCGCCCACUCAAACCUACUCAUCCCCGGAGGAGGAGCAGCCCAGCAUGGAGGAGAGGCCGAGGAAGAGGAGGAGAAGUCAUGACGAAGAACCUCCUCGGACAAAAUCAGACGUCCCCUCACACACAUCUGCCACUGAGUCUCACCACUCUGAGGAUGAAGAUGACGUCUUUGCCGGCAUGCCUGCCACUUCCAGGCCUGCCGCUUCCAGGCCUGCCGCUUCCACAGCUGCCACUUCCACAGCUACCGCUUCUAAGCCUGCCACUUCCACAGCUUCCACUUCCAAGCCUGCCACUGUGAAAACUAACGGCUCCGUGCAGACACGUGACACCGGAAACACGUACCAGAGCAAGCCACCUGCCAGCUCCACGUCUGCAGCUGCAACCAGCGUCAGGACGCCAUGUCCGUAUGGGAGGGACUGCUACAGGAAGAACCCGCUUCAUUUUCAGGAGUGCAGUCAUCCAGGAGACGCCGACUACCAAGAGGAGGAGGAAGAGGAGAAGGAAGAGGAUCGGCCUGAGUGUCCCUAUGGUACCGACUGCUAUAGGAAAAAUCCUCUUCAUAGGAAGGAGUACAAACACACACAGACACCUUCAGCUCAGCCCACUCCUGCUUACCCCAGAAAGGGUUAUGAGGAAGAUGACGAUGAGGAGGAGGAUGAGGAUGAGUAUGAAGCCAGCUUCAUUGAUGACGAGAGCUUGGACGGAGAUGAUGACUCAGACUACGUCCCGCCCCCUGACUCUGAAGAAAGCGUGCGGGAGGAUUCGCAGCAUCUGCGGGAAGAGGCGCAGAGUCUGCGGCAGGAAGCGCUUGACUUCUUGAAGAGGAGCAAGUAGCUCCCUGUCCUCCACAGGAAGCAGGCUUUAUUUUGAAAAGACCACGGGAAGUCUGCUGCACUUUUCUCUGCUUGUGUCAAAGAACCUUUUAAUUUCGAGAACAUAAUUUUAUCAGAGCAGCUUCCUGUCAAACAGAGAAACAGCCACAGUGAUCAUUUUGAUGUUUGCUAUGUUCAGUUUGUUUGUUUCUGUUGUUUUAGCCGAUGAACAGCUUUCUGAUGUUUACUUGUAAUGAAGUAUUUCUUUAAAACACUUUAAAGGAGGCGUCAUUGAUGUUAGAUGACCAGUGAGGUCUGAAAAGCUGCAGAACUUUGAAUGUGAAUGUGGGUCUGUACCUGGGCCCCAAGUUGCCUUGGUAGCCAUCCAAAGAAAUUAGAUUUCAGAUAGUUCUGCUGUUUUUUGGUAAAGGAUGAAGAUCAAAGUCCACAUUCUGUUUCUUGAGUUUCAGAUGGAAACUUUGAAGAAUAGCUUAAAUUAGUACUACUCAGAAUAGGAUAGAAUAAAAUAGAAUAGAAUAUACUUCAUCAUUCUAAGAGGGAAAUUCCUUAGCAUACAGUCUCAACUUUUAAGGUUCAACUUAAAACCUUUUGAUAAAGUUUCCAGUUAGAGCUGGUUCAGGCCACUCUGAAUCAUUUUCUAGUUAAGCUGCUAUAGGCUUACACUGCUGGGAGAUCUUCUUUCCUUUUUUGAUCUCCAUCCAGUAAUAUUUCACUAUUAGAUGACACUACGUUCUCCAGCUCUUCUGCAUUUUGUUCUCUCUCUCUCUCUCUCUCUCUCUCUCUCUCUCUCUCUCUCUCUCUCUCUCUCUCUCUCUCUCUCUUUCAAAUGUCCUUUCCAUCAUCUAAAUUUUGUCAUGUGGAAUCGUUGGGGUUUCUCUCUAAAAGUGCCUAGAAAUUAUUGUUUUGUAUUUUGCUCAUUAUAAAUAAAACAACACUGAAUUG